AAGUGGGAAAGAAGGAAGUGACUGACACCGGUAACGCUUCUCACGGUGGCCUGGGCUUGCUGUUUGUGUUACCUGGCGAGAGGCAAACAGUAGGAGCUGACGAUCGGCGACACGGAGGCGGGAAUCCAGGGCUGCGGGGGUCGCGGCGCUCUCUGCUCUAGGCCUCGCACUGAUACAGCUUCCUCCGGGGACUGCUUACCCAGGUGACCCCCCCCGACCUGUGUGUGAGCUGCAUGGUGGAUGAACAUGGCGCAGGAGACAAACCAUAACCAGGCUCCUCUACUUUGUUCUAAUGGUUGUGGCUUUUAUGGUAACCCACGUACCAAUGGCCUGUGCUCGGUCUGCUACAAAGAAUUCCUCCAGAGACAGAACAGCAGCAAUGGCAGAAAUAGUCCUCCAGUGGUGUCAGUGGGAAGUGGGGUGGAGGCGUCCACUCCGCAGCAUGUAGCUAGUUCAAAGGUGGAUGAACCUGCAGAACCUGUGGCCCCCCAGACACAGGCCAGUUCUCUUCCCCAGUCAGAGUCGACCUCUUUGCAAGAAGAAACCACAGAUGACAGAACUGCAGAAUCGAAAGAGGCACAAGAUUGCAGACUCUCAGAGAAGGGUUUCAGUUUUUCAAGCGUAGAAAAGGGGGGAGUUCAGCACAGUGUGUUGCAAGAAGGCUCGAGAAGGGGGAAGAGAAAUCAUAAUGACACAGAACAGACGUUAGACAGUGCUGAUGCUUCAGCUUCCGAUAGUGGGCAGAAUUCUACUGAAGAACAAGAGCGCUCCCCACAAAAGGCCAAAGUCAAGAAGACGAACCGUUGCCACAUGUGCCACAAGAAAGUUGGGCUCACAGGAUUUGACUGCCGAUGUGGGAAUAUAUUCUGUGGGACACACCGCUACUCUGAUGUGCACAGUUGCUCCUAUGACUAUAAAGCUGAUGCAGCUGAAAAGAUCAGGAAAGAAAACCCUGUUGUGGUCAGGGAGAAGAUCCAGAAAAUUUGAAAGUGAGCUUCAGUCUGUGUCCUGGAUGCCACCAGCAUUGUGGUGUGGACUGUUGUGGGACAAUAAAGUCAUACAACCCACCUUUACCAUCUUGACUCUACAUCCAGGGAUACGGCUCCUUCUUUAUCAUCUUGCUCCUUUUUUUUUUUCCCCCUUUUUUUCUUAUUACAGCUUUCCAGAAUCCUUACCAUUGAAACAAGGAUAAACCACAAAAACUUUAAAGACUUCGAACUGUCUCCAGGGUUUUCCAUACUGUGCACAACUGUUUAUGAAGAAGAGAGGAUGUGAUGGAGUGUAAAGUACUCUGGAUGUGGCUUCUUGUUCCAUCUCUGGCGUCAGACUCCUGACUCUACUUUAUUCCAUUCUAUUCAUCCCAAAACGAAACAGAUCAACAUUUUAUUGGACCAGUUUAAUCAUGUGUGCUUGAGCUCUGGUGAAGUGCCCUUUUCAACAGAGGAGCAUUUAUUUUAUUUUUUUUCCUUUACUUCUUCUGCAUCAUAUUGUGUGAUUGAGUGGGUGAUUUACGAAAGGAAAUCUUAAAUUCUAGAAGAAAAAGCGUAUCCAUUUUAGUGUUGGAAUCUUUUCUUUCCCCAGCGGGUCCUGCAUGUGUUUGCUCAGAGGCCAGCUUCCACGGCGGCUUCAGAUGAUAAUGUCACGAAUGUGGUGGGCAGUGUGAGUUGUGAACAGGGAAGAGUUCCAUUGUGAGUCUGAAAGGCUGGACCCACCAAACUGAGCAGUUAUUUCAAAGGCCUUCCGUUUGCUUCUGGCCGUUAAACAUUUAUAAAUUUAAAAUAUUUUUGUUUCAUUUUUAUAGUAGAUAUAAUCAAACGCGUGAGUGCUGGCCACAUAAUGGCCUCUCACCAAAGGUUUUAUGUUUAUGUCCGUUUGAUUUAAAUAAAAUAU